GGACUAUGUUCUAUGGAUAAUUUGGUGAAAUCUUGUGACUAGAUAACAUUCGAUAUGCAUGUAUACAUAUAUGCAGACAUUACAUACGUUUCACCGUUUUAGUUUCAAUCAUCUUGGAAUUUAGAUAAAAUGCAACGAGGACUACGUAAGUUGGUAUGUUUGUAUACACCAGUUGUGAUUAUCAUCAGUGUGAUGUCAUUGAGACAAUUACGAUACACUGGACUAUCACGCGGAGAAACUUGGAAAAAUGAAACUUUGACAGAUGUGAUGAUAAAUAAAAUAAACCUCCCUCAAAACAUCGUGAAUAUGUCGUCGGUUGACACCGAGGUCGCUAAACAUGCAAUUGCUGAUAUAUUUCAGGAACAAAGCAAGGGCGAUUUGAAGAUCUUGCCCGAUUGUGAAGGUACAAUAAGAAAAGCUGGAAAGGGUAUAUUUCUUCCAUUACGCCAAUUAUCAAAUGACAAAUUGAACAGAGUUCUUCAAAAUGUACAUCCUGGUGGCCAUUGGACACCAAACGGAUGUAACCCAAAACACCAUGUGGCGAUCAUCAUUCCAUAUCGAGACAGGGUAGAUCAUCUGAGACAAUUCUUAAGCUACAUGCAUCCUUUCUUGCAACACCAACGAGUAUCGUAUAGAAUAUUUGUCAUUGAGCAACAGUCGCCAAGAAUAUUUAACAAAGCAGCGUUAAUGAAUGCCGGUUUCAACGAAACAACAAGGAUAUUUCCAAAAAUGUUCGACUGUUACAUUUUUCAUGAUGUUGACAUGUUACCAGAAAAUGACAGAACAGUAUACGGUUGUAGGAAUGACAGCAGUGCUAUACACUUCGCCCAGCAUGUAAGUAAGUACAACUACAAACGUCCAGCUUGGAGGUUAACAGGUGGCGCUGUGUCAUUGACCCCGAAAAUGUUCCGAAAGGUCAACGGAUAUAGCAAUGCGUUCUGGGGCUGGGGUGGGGAGGACACCGACUUCAUAUUACGAUUGGAAGCCAAUAAUAUAACAGUUAACACGUGCAAAAUGGAAGAUUGUUCCUAUUUCAUGCAGCGCCAUAAAAGAGACAAGGAUAAUCCUACAAAUGUACACCAGUUGAAGAUGAUAUCAGACUUCUCAUUGGAAGUGAGUCAACUUGAUGGUAUCCGAAAUGUAAGUUACUUUCUCGAAACUGUUGAAUCUAAACAACUCUACACAUGGAUUUUGAUUUCACUGAACUCAACUAUUAAUGCAAGAGUUCAAUUUAAUGCGAUAAAAAAGAAAACGUAGAAGAUACAAAUUCUUGGAGGAAGUAUCCACCAAAACGUAAUCGACAGCAGUCCACGUGUAAACAGUGAUGGAGAAAGGGAUAAUUGACUGUUAACUGUGACAAAUUCACAUUAAAAAGAUGAGAUUGUAGGCAUCAUUUUGCUGGAUUAUAUUUAUUACUUCUAACAAUGAUUGUACGUGUAUUCUGUUGCCAUAGCAACUUACAUGUGCGUUAUGCGGGGCAAUUUCAUUUCACUAUUUAAAAAGAUAUUAAAAAGUCAGACCACUACAUUGUCAUAU